UAACCAGCAAUCAUUUGGCAGAGUUGCUCCGAAGAGUCGGACGUAUGUGCGACAUCAUACUGGAUCAAACGCCAUCUUUGAUAUGAUUCCUUUCGGAUUUUUUAUCGUGAUUUUUUCGGUGUGCUUGGAAAUCGUUGUCACACAGAAGCCAUGUGAUGGAGUUCUUGGACAACAGUUCCGGCCUGAUCCAUCGGACUGUAGAGUGUAUUACCUCUGUGGUCAGGGGAAGGACUGGAGACUACAGUGUGGUCCGAAUACCGUGUGGAACCAGGAAAUAGGCUCGUGUGUUCCCGUAGGAUCUCCCGAGGACAAGUGCACACAGGGUAACAAAGACCCAUUACCUCAGAAAGCACCACAAGGUGACCCAGGUGCUAGAUCACCUGGAACCAGGCAUUAUUCACCCUUCAGUGAAUCCACCUGGAGGCCUACAUGUAGACCAGGAUCCACCAAGCGGUUUCCUCACCCCACCCGCUGUGCUCAGUACUAUGAUUGUGGAGCCGACCCUAAGGAGGACUGGUGGGGAAAGCACCUGAGGGAGUGCCCUUAUCCAACGGUCUAUGACACUGUUACUGGAAGUUGUGAAUACUACACAACUGUCAAUUGUGGUCAAAGGAAAAUGCCUCUUGAUCCAUGUGACUACCUUGCCCAGUCUUGCAGAAAUGCUCACUGCGCUCCCUGUCACAUCCGGUAUGCAACUUGUGCCGGUCUUCCCGAUGGAAUAAAUACUUGGAGAGGACGUGAGAACACCCCGUUCUAUGUUGUUUGUCAGGCGGGACGAGUGGCUUUCCAUGGACGAUGUAUAAACCCCGAACCUGGCAAAAGACAGGUAUAUGAUGAAGCUUUCCAUACCUGUGGCCGUCCCAUCGACUUUGAAAUGGGACUUGUUCACCAUAUGCAUCGAGGGGAAAUGGGAAAAAGUGAAAUUGUUAAACAAAUACACCACGCAAAGAAAACAGAGCAAUCUCAUAAGUCACACAGUAACAACGCUCAACCCACAGCUGGUUCAAAGCAGACACCACCACAACAGAGCAAACCGCAUAUCAAUCAACCUCAAGCAAGCCAACCUCCUCAAAAAAAUUCAAACAAUAAGCCAACAAAUAAUCAGCAACCCCCAGCUCAACCAAAGACGCCAAAGCCUCAUAUCAAUCAACCCCAGAAUCAAAAUAAUCAACAACCUGCGGCGGCUCCACCUUCAAACAAUGCACCAAAGAAUCAACCUGUUCAGCAUGCCCCACAUAUCAACCAGCCACCAGGCGCACCAACUCAAGGCAAGCCAAAUCAACCAACUGGGCCAGCUUCCCAUCAUACAAAUCCACCUCACACCUCCCAACCUCAGAUGCCAAUACAACGUACUCCACAUGCAAAUCAACCACAGACACAGGCUCCGGUCAACAAUCCUCCACCCCAACAACAGCAGUACCAACCUCCUCCACAGAAACCACAAUAUAAUCCUCCACCUCAACGUCCACCUCAAAACUACGGUCCAUCUAACCAUCCACCACAAGCUCAAUAUCCUCCACAACAAGUUCCCAACUUCCAUGGUGCACAGCAACCUCAUAUGCCACAACAGGUACCACCUCAACGGCAAGGUCCACCUUAUAAUCAACCACAAAGUCAAAAUAAACCGCCACCACAAAACCCCAAUUCGUUGCAGACAUUCAUAAGUGAAAUACAAAGUAAAAUGAGAGGACAACCACCGAGUAUUCCCAAUCCACAAAUAAAUCAGACACCGCCGGUACAAUAUCCAAAUCUUCCUCAACCUCAGUAUUCUAAAGCACAACAGCCUGCACAAUAUCAACAAACAGUAAGAGCUAAACCUGGAAGACGUCCACCAAGAAAACAACAUAUUCCACCUGUUCAGCCAGUUCAGCAUAUGCCAAGACAACCAGUGGUUCAACAAACACCCAUUCAAAGACAUGCUCCACAUCCGCAUCCAAACCAGCAGAGACCGCCAUACUCUCAACCACCCCAAGUGCAACCCCUCCCGCCUGUACAACAGCAACACAGAGCUGCUGUUGCCCCUAUGACCAGACCCGUCCACAAUGUACCACAGCCAAUUCGUCACCAAAAUGUGCCUCAGAUUGUUCAGAAACCAAAUGCACCAAGGCCUGGUCCAUUUCCUAAUUCACAACAGGGCCCGUCUGUUCCAUACAGACAACAAGGUCCACCCCAGCCACAACUUCCUAAACCUAGAACAUAUCCUCAACCAAUUCAAAGAGCACAUAGUCAUGGACCACAACCUGUCCAAAAACUUCCAGUUGGACCAUAUCCCAAACCCCAACUUUACAAUGAGCCUUCAACUGUUCGACAAGCAAUAGGUCAAAAACAUCCACCAAGACCUACACCACCCAGAACUAGCCAGGGUAACAAAAAAAGAAGAAUACCUCCCAGACGGUUACCGAAGCGAAGGGCAUAAUGGUCAUUUCAAGAAAAUAGUGCAAAUUUAGUGAAAGUUUUGAAAUGGGAAAGUGAUAUUAACUCAGAGAGAAUGCUAGUAUAGAAUACAUAAAAUGUAUCUGAAACUUGAGAGCUUUUGUUACUGUGUUGUGUUCGUCCCUAAUGCAGUGAUAACAGUAUUAAUUUAUUUAUUAAUUUUAUUGAUUGUUUUCUAUAAAAUUAUUGAUUUGUUU